UUCUGACCAAGUCAAAAUUAAAAACCUCGAAAUGGUACAACCGUCAAUGCAAUAGUACAAACAGUUAAAGCAGUAAACUUUGAAAACUCUCUAUAUUCCCCCUCAAAUAACCACCCCACGUCCCCACGUCGACCACCCUCACCCCUAAAACUUCAACCUCCAACACCAUAUAAAUCCCCACCACCCUCUUCUAACCUUUCACGAGCAAAAAAAUGGCUUCCGAUUCCGCUUAUUCUUUCGCUUCCCAUACAGUUUUGCAUCUUUUCUGGUUCUUUCUCUUUGCAGUCGCCGCCGUCACUACCACCGUCGGCGCUAUCGAAUUCCCAGUUGGCGGCGACGUUGGUUGGCGAAUCCCUGCAACCAACGAAACCGAACUCUACACUGUCUGGGCCUCCAGACGAAACUUCCAUAUCGGCGAUACCCUCCGUUUUCGUUACAAGAAUGAUUCAGUCGCCGUGGUUAAAAAAUGGGGGUUCUACCACUGUAAUGCUAGCUCUCCGAUCGCAUUCUUCAACGAUGGCGACUCCGUGAUCAAUCUUGAUAAUGUGGGAACGAUGUAUAUCAUCAGCGGUGACUCUGAUCGGUGUAAAGAAGGUGAGAAGAUGAAGUUGGAGGUGAUGGGUUCUGACCCUGGUUCUGACUUCCCACCGUCGAUUUCUAGUCCGCCGGAGAGCCCUUAUUCCGACAUAGCUCCGUCGCCAUCUCAGUUCUCCGGUUAUGGUGGCUCGCCCGCAUUUAGUCCGCGUUAUUCUUCGUCAAGCUCAGCGAUAUCGUUUUCGAUUUCUUUGUUUGUGAUUGCUUUGAUCGUUGGUUUAGGAUUGAUUUUGUUAUCCAUUUAAUUUUCUAGGUUUUGUUAUUGAUUUCUUUACUCGAUUUGGUUUGAUUGAAGUGUUUUUAGGUCGUUUUUGAAAUUCUUGAUCAUGUAACUGAAAUUGGAUUGUAUUUCUGUUUGGAGUAAUGCUAUGAACCCGGUUUAAGGCCCAA